AUGAGAUAUGCAACUAAUACACUGAUUAGCUACUUACGUGAACUCGAGGCUAAAGCCAAGGCGUAUGAUGACUCGCUUCUUCGACAGUCUCAGCUACCAGCUCCGAUCUCUGGAAAAGCCCCAGCCCACCGCAUCUCAGCUGAAGAGCACGAGGAAGAAUUCGAAGAUGAACACCCGUUGCUCGAGCCUUUCAACCAGAUGAGCGUCCAUAAGCCUUCGACAAGUUUCAAGGGCCCUGGCAAUUCGGACAAUUUCCUACGAAGUGUUAGAAACCUAUCAGGAUUCUACGGCGACGACGGCAGCUUGGACGCCAACACCAACUUUUACGAACCAAGUGCCCUGCCUUCAAGACGUGAAAAGGCGAGGACGCAGGUUCGACUACCACCGAUAGACAUUGCCCGACGGCUAUUUGCUGCACAAUACACCUACAUUGGGACGAUUUUCGCCUUUACGGAUCCCAAGGCCAGCUUCGAUCAAUUGCUCAUUGAGGCAUACCGAGGCCCUCCCGAUCCUUCUGACAGAGAAGCGUGCCUGUCAUAUGCAAAGGUCCUCAUCAUUUUGGCUUUCGGUCAACUCUAUUCCGUCAACCAAUGGGUCGAUUUCAGGGGCCCGCCAGGGUUCGACUACUUCACCCACGCUCUGAACCUAUUGCCCGAUACCCAUGAAGAAGGAUCGUUGCUGUGCGUGGAAACACUGGCUCUCAUCGGCUAUUUCAUGCAGAACAUGAACCGCCGUGAUGCUGCGUUCCUGUAUACCGGUAUGGCUCUCCGCAUGGCCAUCUCUCUUGGGCUGCAUCAUGAGAUAGGAUUUAGUGCGGCACCACAUGCUUUACAGGGUCAAGAUAACAACCCGGCCGCCUUAGACAAUGCAACUCGCGAACAUCGUCGUCGGGUGUGGUGGUCUGUUUAUAGUCUGGAUCGCAUUCUAUCGGUCAAAUCGGGAAAUCCCAUCACCAUCCAGGACGAGGAUAUCGGCGUUGACCUGCCUUCGAGACUCCUGACAGAAGCAGAAUAUUGUCCGGCAGUAGUGCUUCGGCAUUACACCGAACUCUCACGGAUCCUCGGUGAAAUCCACAACACCAUCUAUCGCAAGACCAGCAAGACGGCGCCUAAAUCCGGAAAACGAUUGAUGGCGUCAGUUCAGGGCAUCGUGCUCAGCCUGUCCAAGUGGAACAGCAACCUACCAGAUGAGCUUCGAUUCGACCCUGCCCGGCUGAGCAUUAGUCGCGAGAGCGUGAGCACGUUUGCACAUUACUAUCAGUGCAUCAACAUGACCGCGCGACCCUUGCUCUUCCAUGUUGUGCAGAAGAGACUGCAAAAGAUUCGCGCCAGUAGCGACGCAGGCGAGAAGGAACGAGGCUGGAAAGAGGGAUUGUCCCAAACAACUGUCAGGGUUAUUGACAUGUGCAUCGGUGCGGCGCAGGACACCAUUAACAUAAUGACUGUAGCAGCACAGAGAGAUCUUGUGGCAACGUAUGGGUACAUGGACGGAGAACACGUCUUUUCAGCAUCCAUCGUCCUCGUCAUGGUCUGCGUCGCCUUCCCGACAGACCCGUCCAGCAUCAUGGCGAUGAACGCCGGUCUCGAUCUCCUCCGAGGCAUGGGCGAGCGAGGCAACAGCUACAUGGGCGCCCGCUACGAGCUCCUCGCCAAUCUUCGUUCGGCCGUCAUGUCCGGGACAAACGCCCACGCCGAACCUCUGCCUCCGUUUCCGACAAGCUUCUCGCCGACAGGAUCGCUAGUGCCGGCAGGAGCAGGAGGAGGGCUUCUUCCAAGUGCGCAGCCGACUAGUAGCAGUAGUGUACUGCCCAUGGCCAUGGGCGACGCUCAAGGAGGAGGAGGCCUGAUGGCGAUGCAAGGCAUGACGGGUCAGCAGCGGGUGACGUUCCCCGUCGUUGACAACAGCUCCCUAGGUGAACCCUUUUUCGAUGAAAGUGUGAGCACGGUGAUGGACUUUGGGCUCUGGGAAGAAGGCUUUGCCGACCCAGCGAUGGACGCGAGCUUUGACUUUUCGCAAUGGACUCACGCGGCUGGCAUGACUCAGGCUGAUGAUAGGAUGGAUGUGUGA